CGACCGGGCCAAUUGCUGCUGCUGCCGACUCCGCCGUCCUGAUUCUUCUGCCCUCCUCUCUCGGAUUUUGCCUUAAUGAAGCGGAUACCCAUACAAAGAUGCGCCUCGCAACUGCUGGGUGCGCCCUCGCCACGCCGGCCCUCGUGUCCAUAUACUGCGGCGAAGAAUGUACGGAGAAGCGUCAUACCUCAUAGCCACCGGAUACAGGCUAGGCUCCAGAGCACAGCAGCAGUCCCAGACGACGGGGCGUUGGAACUCGAGAUUGCAGCAAACGCUGGCACACCAUCGACACACAAGUCAAGAAAGCAGUCACGGCAGCUUGAGAGCCUGCCCUCCCCACAUCCCAAAGCCGCCGAGCGUUCGACCAAACUACACGCCCUGCGAAGUCGACUGUCCCUCCCGCCUCGCUUCCCCCUCCAAACCCUCGCACGAACCCUCGUACACCCCUCCGCCGACCCCAACCCCGCCUUCAAUAAUGCCUCACUAUCCAUACUCGGACGCCAGCUGCUUGGCUACUACACCUCCGAGUGGCUUCUGUGCAACUAUCCCCGUCUGCCAACAGACGUCGUCUUCGCUGCAGUAGAGGCCUACAUUGGCCCGAGAGCCCUCACCACAAUUGCAAGCGAAUGGGGCAUUGAGGCCGCCGACGAACCGGGUGGUGAGGUCGAUCCCGGCCUACUACAAUUCAAAAGAAUACCGUCGGGUGAUGAUCUGCCACCCGAGUUGAGACGACAGGCACCCUGGAAGUGGAAUGUCACUACCACCCACAAGAUCAUGAAAACCGACGAAUUUGGCUCCAACAAUGCCGCACCGAGCCCACACGCGCUACAGAGCACACCAGUGCCAUUGGAAGAGGCCGCUUCAUCCUUUGUUCGAGCACUCAUCGGUGCCAUGCACGUACACAUUGGCUCUCCGCUCGUCAAGCGGUUUUUCCGUGACCACUUCCUCAGCCGACAUCUCGAUAUCAGCACAAUCUUCGACUUCCGGAUGCCCACUCGCGACCUUUCACGGUUAUGUGCGCGGGAAGGCUUCGAAGCACCCGUCGCCCGAUUAAUUUCAGAAACCGGUCGUUUGAGCAGACAUCCCGUCUUCGUGGUUGGCGUAUACAGUGGAAAGGAUAAGCUAGGAGAGGGGUCAGGCAGCUCAUUAGACGAGGCCCGGACACGGGCAGCGGCAGCAGCAUUAAAGGCAUGGUACCUCUACAAGCCAGUCGAAGUCACCGUCCCAAGCAGCAUGGAGGGCGAGUUGGAUACGAGCAAGUGGCGGCCGAACCACAUCGACCACGGAGAGGUUAUUGUGUAAGAUAUACGGCAUUAACCACACUUUGGAGUUGUAGAGCAUCUACUUUGGACAUGGAUGGCAUGGACGCACAGCAUACUCUUCGCUUGUACAAAUUAAGAAUAGUCGAGGGAGGGGAGAAAAAGAACUGUGUCGGAAGAAGGCCGGAGAGGAGGGGAAGAUUUACGCCACGUUAUGCCACGUUGAGGGUUCAAGGCCGGCGCACCCAGCAGCAGUGCGCAUGUAUCAUAUGUGACAUGAGGAUACCACGAUGAUCCGCAAUGUGUACAAUAUAAGACGAAAUGUUGCAUCACAAUACCCAGUACCUGUC